UUUUUCUCUCUCUCCAACCAUUGAAAGGGGCCCGUGAUUAUUCUUUCUUUCUCUGUACGAGCCUGGUGAACGAGGAACGCUACGAGGUCUGUCCAAGCUGCUUCCACUGCCUUCUUUCUCUGCUCUUUGAGUCGUCAUCAUUCCAACGUGAGACACAAAUCUCCACUGGGACACAAGUGAGGUAUUCGAGCCCCCACAAGACGCUGAAGCUCGAGAGAAAUGUCCUUGUCCACAUCCGCUACGAACUUUAGGGAUGAUGAUUUCAUCAACCCAGGGCCAGCGCCGAAGCCUCCGGCUUCGGCCAGUGCUGUGCUCUCCACCGCUACCGGUGGCUUGACGAUAUCAACACCUUCCUCUUCGAAGAUCAUCAGGAGACAGGGAUGGGUGCAGGUGAAAGACGAAGGCAUCAUGUCGUUCAGAUGGCCCAAGAGGUACCUGGUGCUGAACGAUUCAAAUAUGAUUUUCUACAAAAACGACUCCAAGGAUGAGAUCUGGCUGAAGAUCUCGGUCACCUCCAUCGUGAACCUCUCGAGAGUGCAAUUGAGACCUUACUGCUUUGAACUGAUCCGCUCCUCAGGUGGGAAGAAGUCGCUGUACAUCUCCUUAAAGACUUUGAACGACUUGUACGGCUGGCUAGACGCAAUAUUCGCCAAAUGUCCCCUUACAGGGACGGUGUCGAGUCCAACAAACUUCACUCAUAAGGUCCAUGUUGGGUUUGAUCCCUCAAGUGGCAGCUUCACUGGCCUGCCUGAGAACUGGAAGAGACUAUUGCAGCAUUCCCAGAUUACCAAUGAAGAUUGGACAAAGGAUCCAGUCGCAGUGAUUGAAGUAUUGGAGUUUUACCAGGAUCAACAACGACAGUUGGCAAACUCAGAAGGUGAAUUACAACAUGAUCAACAACAACAGCAUCAACAGCAUCAACUUCAGCGGGACCAGCAACAAGGCUUCCACUUGUCAAAGGGCUCAGAGUCUUCAAACUCGUCAGGGUCAAGCUCAGAUAAUAGGGAUGGAGGCUCAAGGUUGCUGACAGAUUUGUCUAAGCCUUACACUCCCCAGAAACGUGAUUCACCGCCAAAGGUGAUGCCUUACUACACAACCUAUAACUCCUCAUCUUCCUUGAACAACAACAACAACACUUCCACGUCGUUAAACAACCCAAUUGUCCAACCUCAUGAUUUGCUUCCAACGAGAAGAGCUCCACCUCCUCCAAAACCUUCAGUACCUGUUCCAACACCUGUUUCAGUACCAAGCUCCCAAGUGACGAAUAUGAACAAUGCAUUAUUACACUCGGAUUCAUCGUUGAAGUUGAACCAGCAGAAUACACAGGUACCAGAGCUGAAGUUGAAUACUCCUGUGUCACAGGCUAUACCGAAUCCAUACAUUGAUUCCCCAUCUGAGUCACCAACGAAAGGCCAAUUCAAUCUACAACCAUCUCGUCACGCUCCAAGACCACCACCACAAGUUCAAUCUCAGCAGCAGCGUCAACAGAGACAAAUUCAACAACCACAGAGAGCUCCACCUCCACCACCACAAGUUCAAUCUCAGCAGCAGCAUCUAACAUCACAACAGCAACAUCCCUUCAAUCAGCCUACAAAGCCAUUACAACCCCAACACCACCCAGGUUAUAAGCCUGUUCAUAGACCUCCCCCACCACAGAAUCAACCACUUCAUAAACACCAACAUCAACAACGGCAACCACCACCUCAGCUGCAAUCACAACAACAGCAGCAACAAUCACAACAGAGGAAGCCUACUCAGAGUCCAGCACAAGCUGCUGCACAGGCUGCAGCUCAAGCAGCGCUGGAUUCAACACCAAGUAAGCCUUCCAAAUCGGUCAAGGACAGGAAUGAAGAGCGCAGAAUUGCUGCAAUGCAUGAGGCACAGAGCAUGAAGAACCUCAAAGCAGUGGUUCGUAAUGUUGAUCCAGAGCCUUACUUUGAAAUGAUUGAAAAGGCCGGACAAGGUGCAAGUGGUGUUGUCUAUUUGGCUAGAUCUCUAAAGCGUGGAGGAUUGAAGGUGGCUAUCAAACAGAUGGACUUGAACGCACAACCAAGAAAGGAAUUGAUUGUUAAUGAGAUAUUGGUGAUGAAAGAUUCUCAACAUAAGAACAUUGUCAACUUCUUGGAGGCCUUCUUAAAGAACUCUGAACUGUGGGUUGUCAUGGAAUUCAUGGAAGGUGGUUCCUUAACAGAUGUAAUUGAAAAUAACGACAAUUGCCUAGAAGAGGAUCAGAUUGCAGCUAUUUGUCAGGAAACUACAAAGGGAUUGAAGUUCUUACAUAACAAGCACAUUAUCCACAGAGACAUCAAAUCUGAUAACGUGUUGUUGGAUUUGAAGGGUAACGUUAAGAUCACAGAUUUUGGAUUCUGUGCUAAGCUCAGCCCUCAUAAGAACAAAAGAGUCACCAUGGUUGGAACUCCUUAUUGGAUGGCGCCUGAAGUCGUCAAGACAAAGGAAUACGAUGAGAAAGUUGACGUUUGGUCUUUGGGUAUCAUGACUAUCGAGAUGAUUGAGGGAGAGCCACCAUAUCUCAACGAGGAGCCAUUGAAAGCUCUGUUCUUAAUUGCUACAAACGGUACGCCAAAGUUGAAGAACCCAGAGAAACUCUCAUUGAGCAUAAAGAAAUUCCUCAGCAUUUGUCUAUGUGUCGAUGUCAAAUAUAGAGCUUCAACAGAUGAAUUGUUACAGCACGAUUUCCUCAAGAUGGCCUGUGGAUCUGAGAGGCUGGCAAAGCUGUUACAAUGGAAGACUACACCAUCUGCUUGAUUGUCUAUUUUCUUUCUUUUCAAUUCGUUAAAGGUCAUAAUAUAUGUAAUCGGAAACAAUACUUCUGCUGUUAGUCUUAUGCGUCGUCAUAUCUUCUCUUUUUGUUUCUUAUCGGAUAAUGUCAUAUCUUCUAACUCUUUUGAUGCUCUAGACACCAAUUUAACACUGCUUCUCUUGAAAAAAUUUGCACUCACUGGACUUGUAGACACAGCCCUUCUCUUGAACUUGUUCAGCGUGGCCGACGUUAUAGUUGGUGUCUUUGGCGUAUCAUCAUUAUAUUCAUUUGAAUCGAAACUUCUCUUUUUCCUCUGGUCUACCUUUUCUUCAUCCUUACCGCUUGAUGUCUCGACAUGGAGACCCAUUAUAUGAGUCCCAUUCUUCUUCAUAUUCCAACUC